AUGACACCUUUCGAACAGGGAUCAAGCCAAGCCAAGCCGGACCGACAAGUCAUCCGGGGCCGAGUUGACGGGGGCCAGGGAAAGAAGGGGGUAAAGGUGGACUACCCCCAUGUGCAAAUGAUCCUCUUAAAUCCGGAUAACCCGGCCCCGGAGUAUAUGUGGCGGCUCUGGGUUUCUCUGGCCCCCGACGACUACGAAGGAGAAGGAUGA